CAAGGCGCACUGACCACUCACUGGAGAAUGAAUUGCUGCAAAUGCCUAAAAAACAGUUUUACCAUGCCAUAGCACCAGAAGAGUGUCACUCAAUGGAAUAAGCAAAAAGACAGAUUUAUGUCUUGAGGUUUUAUAGACAAUUACAAUGGAUACCACUUUGGACCCCCUUUCAUCAUCUCUUCUUUAUUACGAUGAAGAUGGAAACGAAACCUCCACAAAUCUGUUCGAGCAGCCGGACUGGCAGGUGGCAUUAUGGGCGAUUGCAUAUACUUUGAUCGUAAUUAUCUCCAUCAUUGGCAAUGUCACCGUUAUUUGGAUCAUUCUAGCACAUAAACGCAUGAGGACAGUGACCAACUACUUCAUUGUCAACCUCGCCUUCUCUGAUGCGUCUAUGGCAACUUUUAACACCGUCUUCAAUUUCGUUUAUGCUUUGCACAAUGACUGGUAUUUUGGUUUAGGAUACUGUAAAUUUCAAAACUUCUUUCCAAUAACAGCAAUGUUCUCAAGCAUUUAUUCAAUGGCCGCUAUUGCAGUUGACAGAUAUAUGGCCAUUAUCCACCCUCUGAAGCCCAGACUGUCCUCCACCACUACUAAAGUUCUGAUCGGGGUCAUCUGGACUGUGGCUUUUUCUCUGGCAUUUCCUCAGUGUUAUUAUGCCAGCACUAAGUUUUACUUCCCGAGGACUGUUUGCAUGGUGGAAUGGCCUGACGAUUAUGGAGGGAAACAUCAGCUCUCCUAUCAGAUUGCUGUGAUUAUCCUGAUCUACUUGCUCCCUCUGCUGGUGAUGUUGGUGACCUACAGUCUGGUGGGACAGAGGCUUUGGGGCAGCGAGAUCCCUGGAGAAGCUUCAGACCACUACCAGAACCAGAUGCAGGCUAAACGCAAGGUUGUGAAGAUGAUGAUAGUGGUGGUGACAACCUUUGCAAUAUGCUGGCUUCCCUACCACAUCUACUUCAUUCUGGGCAGCUUCAACCGGGACAUUUACAAGCAGCACUACAUCCAGCAGGUCUAUUUGGCCAUCUUCUGGCUGGCCAUGAGCUCCACAAUGUACAACCCCAUCAUCUACUGCUGUCUAAACCAAAGAUUCCGCUCAGGUUUUCGCAAGGCGUUCCAGUGGUGCCCCUUCGUCAAGAUUUCAGAGGAGGACAAUAUGGAACUGCAGCAUAUGAGGACCUUUCACAUGAGACGCAGUUAUCGCACUGAGACCACCAGCGUGGUGGUCCGUAAUCACGCCAACGAGCCAGAAGACACCACAUCCAAACUAAUCAAAGCCUGAGUCUACAAUAAUUUAAUGAUGGGAAAAACAGACACAUGUAGCACUUGAUACCUCAAAACAAAAUUGAGUCUCCCAUCCUACUGUGCUCUGUGGUGGAUUCUUUACAGAUGGAGUACUCUUGUACUCUUAUGGCAUAAGCACUAAGCCUUAUUGUGUCCGUGUUGCUGCUUAAAGUACUGGUCUUAAUAUAAGUAGCCUAGAUAGAUAUAUCUGUUGUGUAUAUAC